AUGGCCCUGCCCUUUGCACAGUCGCUGAAUGCAACGGCCACCGGCUGCAUGCUGGCCCUGUCCAUGGACCCGACCUCCCACCUCCUCUUCGAUUACCAUGACGGCUCUGUGCCGGUUGGGAAGAGGGAAGGCGGCCCGGUCUUCAUCACUCCCUUCCGCCUGGGCCUGGCUGCGGCGGUCAUCCUGGUCAACGGCCUGGUCUCCGUUUGGCUGCGCCUGGCCAUGCACAAGAAGCUGGCCAUCGCCACCGUCAGGGUGGUCCUGCAGCUGUCCAUCCUGGGCUACAUCCUGGUGCCCAUCUUCACGGCCAACAGCGCGUGGGUGACGGCCGCCUACCUGGCCUUCAUGCUGCUGGUGGCGGGGCUGGAGGCGCUGUCCCGCCCCGCCCUGACCUAUGACGGCAUGCUGUGGCAGGUGCUGGCCUCGCUGGGCCUGCCCUGCUCCGCCAUGCUGGCCUACGGCCUGGGCGCUGUCAUCCGUCCCCGGCCGUGGUACGACGCGCAGUACGCCAUCCCCGUGGCGGGCAUGCUGCUGGGCAACGCCUGCUCUGGCGUUGCCAUCGGCCUCACCUCCCUCCUCGACGACCUGUCCUCGGGGCGGGACCGGGUGGAGGCGCUGCUGGCGGCGGGGGCCACGCGCUGGGAGGCCGCCGAGGACGGCGUGCGGCGCGCGGUGCGCAUGGCGCUGACGCCCACGCUGAACCAGAUGAAUGUGGCUGGCAUCGUGUCCAUCCCGGGCAUGAUGACGGGGCAGAUCCUGGGCGGCGCCGACCCCACCACCGCCGCGCGGUACCAGAUCGCGCUGCUCCUCUUCAUCGCCGCCGCCAGCGGGGCGGGGGCUGUGGCCGCCGUGUUCCUGGCCGCGGGCACGCUGCUGGACGGCGCGCACCGCCUGCGCGGUGACCGCCUGACGCCGCGCGGCACCACGGGCAAGGGCGUGCUGGUCUGGCUGGCCUGGCAAGCGCGCCGGGCAGGGGGCGGCGCGGCGCGCGCCUGGAAGGCCGGCGUCGGGCGGGUUCGUGGGGAGCCUGAGCCCGGCGCCGACCCCACCGUGGUCGUGCAUAUGGGUGGCGAGGUCCGCGACGGCCUCGACGAGAGCCUCCUGCGCGGGCGCUAG